AUGUCCUGGGCCGGCCUGCCCCACUUCCCGGGAUCAGCUCCUGGCGUGCUCUGCAGCGAGGGCUCGAGCAAGACGUCGCUGCUGGCCCAGCUGUCUCAGCACCUGGAGGCGCCGCCUGUGGUGCGGCGCUUCCGGCCCCAAGACGCCGUCCUGCACCGCCGCCAGCUGCUGGCCGCGCUCGCCAGCGAGGUGCAGGCGAGACUCCAGGAGCUGGCGCCGGGCAGCGAACUGGUCGAGGGCGGAGUGGUGGUGUUGCUGGACGAUGUGGACGCCGUGCUGGCGCCGAGUGAUCUGGACCGGAGUGGCGCCGAGGCGGGCGCGCUGUGCCUGAUGCAGCUCGCCAGACCGGGCGUGACGCUAAUCGUCACCGCGACGAGCCUGGCGCACCUGGAAGGCGAGCAGUGGCGCGCCACCGACGACGCAAACGUGCUGCGGUUGUCGGCGUGGACGCGGGAUGAAGUGCUGCACCGGCUGGACGGGGCGCUGGGGCGCAGCGAGCGCGUGCUGACGAGGGAACAGCGCGACGCGGCGACGGCUCGCUGCCUGGCCAACCCUUCCGCGCUGUUCGUCACAUGCGCGGCGGAAUGGGCGUUGAGCUCGUGCUCGUUUCACCCGGGCACCUCCAUUCCGGAGGAUCUCGAGUGUUAUUACCGAGUGACGUUUGAUAGGCUGGAGCGAACGCUGGGUGCUGAGCUGGUGGCCUCGGCCUGUCGCUACGUGACAAUGUCGCAUCUGGGAUUGACGGAGACUGAGCUCUGCGACCUGCUGACCUCUACGGAUCCCGGAGCGACGGGGUCAGGGACGCAGGCGGGGCAGUGGCCGCCCGCGGACUGGAUAGCCCUAAAGAAUCAGCUAACUUCGCUAUGGACCCGCCAGUGGCGCCACCAUCGCCUGGUGCUGUCGUGGCGCCACCGCGCGGCGGCGGAGUACAUCGAGCGCCGGUACCUGGCCGACCGAGCGGACCGCCUGGCCAGGCAUGCCGAUCUCAGCAACCUGCACCUGCUGGGCUUCCUGGUCACACCCGAGGACGCCGAUGGCGAUGGCAAGGGUGACGAGGUCACCGGGCCGGGCCUUCGCGCCAACCAGAGAGCGCUGCAGUCGCUGAGGAUGGCCGACGGGCUGUGGUACCACCUGGUCAGGUCAGGUGACGUGGAGCGUCUGAAGCUGACGGUGCUCUGCAACUUCCGUCACCUGUGGCAGUCGGCACGCAUGCGCGGUCCGGCCCACCUCUACAAGAUGGCGGCCGCCACGCGCCAAUGGUUCCUCGACUGGGAGGCCGAACUGGUGCAUCACGCAUUGCGCAAGACUGAGGAGCUGGAGGGCGACUGGUCGGACCAGCUGGCGCCGCAGCUGCUCAUCUGGCUACACCACGCGGCCGGGCAGCGCCGGCCGCUCCUCGUCCCCGCCACGGUCUGGGUCCGCCAGAGCCUGCCCGACGUGGUCUGGGGUAGGUGA